CCCAGCUACUUGGGAGGUUGAGGCAAGAGAAUCACUUAAGCCCGAGAGUUGGAGGUUGCUGUGAGCUAUGACGUCGCGGCACUCUACCAAGGGUGACAAAGUGAGACUCUAUCUCAAACAAACAAAAUGCUGCUUGCGGGCCGCAGGUCGGACACAGGCAUUUUACCAAAAUGAGAUAAUAUUUGCUGAUUAUAGUAGACAGAAAGACAACAGGGCACGAAGGAAGCGGAUAUUUGCGCACGUGGACAAGAGUUAUUGAUUUUGGAUUUAAGGGUUACUUCCAGAAGUUGAUUGUCAGUGUAGGUGUUCAGCAUUUACUGAAGAACAACUCGCUGUUUCAUUAAGUUUCUGUCUUGGAGUUUUACAAAAUAUUAGAGUUAGAUUAGUAUAAAUCUCUCCUAGAUAAAAUUCGUUUACUCGUUUAUUAUUUGUUGGGAACUUACUGUGGGUUUGGUGAUGCAAGUACAAAGAUGUUGGCGGUAUGGAUCUUGUUCUAUAGAUGUUCCCUACAUAAAGGGUGUAAGACUGAGAAGUCAAAUACAUGGAGAAAAAUUACAACAGAAUAAAUGGUCCCUGGUGGCUGACUUCACUCACCAUGCCCACACUGCCUCCUUGUCAGCAGUAGCUGUAAAUAGUCGUUUUGUAGUCACUGGGAGUAAAGAUGAAACAAUUCACAUUUAUGACAUGAAAAAGAAGAUAGAGCAUGGGGCUCUAGUGCAUCACAAUGGUACAAUAACGUGCUUGAAAUUCUAUGGCAACAGACACUUAAUCAGUGGAGCAGAAGACGGACUCAUCUGUGUCUGGGAUGCAAAGAAAUGGGAAUGCCUAAAGUCAAUUAAAGCUCACAAAGGACAUGUGACCUACCUUUCUGUUCAUCCAUCUGGCAAGUUGGCCCUGUCUGUUGGUACAGAUAAGACAUUAAGAACAUGGAAUCUUGUUGAAGGAAGAUCAGCAUUCAUAAAAAACAUAAAACAAAAUGCUCACAUAGUGGAAUGGUCUCCGAGGGGAGAGAAAUACAUAGUUGUCAUACUAAAUAAAAUAGACAUCUAUCAGCUUGACACUGCAUCCAUCAGUGGCACCAUCACAAAUGAAAGGAGAAUUUCUUCUGUUACAUUUCUUUCAGAGUCUGUCCUUGCAGUGGCUGGAGAUGAAGAAGUUGUAAGGUUUAUUGACUGUAAUUCACUUGUGUGCCUCUGUGAAUUUAAGGCUCAUGAAAACAGGGUAAAAGACAUUUUCAGUUUUGAAAUUCCAGAGCAUCAUGUUAUUGUUACAGCUUCAAGUGAUGGUUUCAUCAAAAUGUGGAAGCUGAAGCAGGAUAAGAAAGUUCCCCCAUCCCUACUCUGUGAAGUAAAUACUAACGCCAGGCUGACAUGUCUUGGAGUGUGGCUAGACAGAGUGCCAGACAUGAAUGAAAGCCUUCCUCCAGGUGGAGAGCCUUCUCCCGCAAGUAAAGAAGAACAGUUCAAAAUCAGCAAAGAGGAAUCUGAUGACACAGUGCAGGAAGAAGAAAAGCAGUCAAAACCGAAUGCAGAGAAAUGCGGUUUAACUGAUAACAGCAAUAAGCCAAGGAACAGAAAUAGCCUGGUGUCAACCAAGAAGAGGAAAUUGGUAGAAAACUUAGAAAAGAAGAGAAAAAAGAAGAAAAUAUAAAUGUUGUAGUAAAUCCCAGAUACCUGCUAAGAGAACGUCUUUCAGAUGGAAUCAUUCUUUUCAAAUGUACCUAAAUAUUUUUUUUCUUUCUGAGUAAAAACAAGAAAUGUCUUCUUUUGGAGAAAUGUACAUUUUAUAAAACCAUUUUUAAGUGUUCUUUCUUUCUUUUAAAACUGGUAAAAUUGCUUUUGACAGGUUAUUUCAUGAAUUAUAUAUCAGUGAUCUAAUGUGUGAUAUGUAAUUUUUACUUUGGGCAAAAUAAAUGAGAUUACUAUGAUUUAAAAUAA